GUUCUACUGUCAAAACUUUACUUUACGAAUAAAAAAUUAGUCAAAAUGGCAGAAAAUUCGAACAAUCCAUAUGAUAUUAAUGGACAACACUUUAACCCUGAUAUGUAUUUCCAAAAAUUAUUAAAAGAGUGUACAUUAAAACAAAUUAUGGAUCACGAAGCAGAAAUCAUAAAAAAUACUCAAAUUUUACAUUCUGAUAUGCAAACUCUAGUAUAUGAAAAUUAUAAUAAAUUUAUAUCUGCUACAGAUACUAUCAGAAAGAUGAAAACAGAUUUUAAGAAAAUGGAAGAUAGUAUGAAUUUACUGGCAAAAAACAUGGACAGUAUCACUUCUUUUUCAGAACAGAUUUCAUCAACAUUACAGGGUACUAGACAACAGAUUGCCAAAUUAUCUUCGGUUCAUGCACUGUUAAAAAAGUUGCAAUUUCUCUUUAAAUUGCCUGGCAAUUUAAAAGAUAAAAUAAAUGAAGAGAAUUAUGCACAGGCAGUACAAGAUUAUAUUCAUGCACAACGUGUAUUGAAUCAGUAUGGUAAUAUGCCUUCCUUUCAAGGAAUACAAAAAGAUUGUGAGGAUAUUGUAGAGGAACUCAAGUCAAGACUGAGAAUGCAAUUUCAUAAAAGAGAUGUAUCAACUGUAUCUUUAGCUGAAAAUGUAGAUCUUUUACUACAGCUAAAAGAACCAGCUGAUUCUUUGUGUGCCGAAUUUUUAACACAUGCAGAUGGAAGAUUAGUUGAACAACUAGAUGCUCUAAAAGAUAUGUAUGAAAACGAUAUCAUAGAAUUUAUAGAUAUGACUAGUUCAGGAUUUCUAAGUGACUUAUGUUUGAUCGUUGCAUCCUACAAUGACAUGUUUAUAAAUCAACCACCAUCAGAAGAUAAUGAAUUUACUGAUGAUUUUGAUGCAAAAGCCAUCACACGUUCGAAUAGCUUUAUCAUGAAAAAUAUGAAAAAAUAUUUUGAUUUAAUUGGUAAGAGAGUAGAAAGUGUAGCUGAUACAGCUAUUUUAGUAAAAGCAUUAGAUAAAUUCCAUAGAAGACUGCAAGCAAUGAAUAUGUUGUGUAAAGAUACAGACUUUGCAAGAACAGGUACCAAUAUUGUUAUUAACGUGGGUAGAAAACAAUGUCGCAAUCAUUUAGACAAUUUAAAGUCUCAUUUAAGUGAAACACUUGUUAAAGUGAGACAGAUAUUGACAACCAAAGCUUCUCAGGAUGGAGAUAAUAGUUUAGCAGAACUUCAGGCAUUACUAAUAAUGCCUACUAUAGAAAAAAUUAAAGGAGUUUUGCAUGAUUUAUUGGUAUUUUUGCAACCAGAUCUGUCCUUUAGUUUAAAAACGCAAUUCCUGCAAAAUUUCUGUGUGGAUGAAGUUAGGGAAGGCCUAGUAGUUGGAUUUUUACAUCAUUUAGUGGUCACUGCAAGUGAAUUUUUUACUGGCUCUGAUAUUCCAAAAUUCCCACCCACUCUGUUACUUUUAUUGAGCAAAAUGUGUAUCGAGUACAAAGAAAAUAAUGUCAAGUAUUUGCUUACUACUACUGAUAAUUUAUUCAACAUCGAACAGUACACAUCAUCUGGAAACGUUAUUACAACUAAAGCAGAGAUUUGCGACAAAUUCCAAGAAGCAGCACAAAAUUUAUUAAACCAUUACGUUCGCAUUCAAGGCUUAGCAGUAUCGCAAAUGUUAAGAAAAUCCGUCGAAACGAGAGAUUGGUUGCAUACGAUCGAGCCAAGAACCGUUAGAGCUGUAAUGAAGAGGGUCGUAGAAGAUGUGACGUUAAUCGACACUCAAGUAGCUGCAUUAUACGACGAUUCUGAUGGUCAAGUCGACAGAAGUAGCGACAGCAGUAGAAAAACCCAUAGCGUGAGUGUGUCGAGACAUCACUAUAGAUCAAGCUGGUCGUCGUACACACCCAAUCAUAUGGAUUCGUCAUUGGUGACGAAUAUUCAUAAGUUAUUUUCGGAACGUAUAGAAAUAUUUUCCUCGGUCCAAUUUAAUAAAGCCUCGAUACUUACGGGGAUUAUCAAAAUAAGUUUAAAGACUUUCCUGGAAUGCGUAAGAUUACGAACGUUCAGUAAAUAUGGUUUGCAACAAAUCCAAGUUGACACGCAUUAUCUACAACUGUAUCUAUGGAGAUUUGUUUCAGAUGAAAAUGUUGUCCAUUUCCUAUUAGACGAGAUACUUGGAAGUGCUGUACACAGAUGUCUAGAACCAGUCUUAAUGGAACCAAGCGUUGUAGAUAUUAUUUGUGAAAGAGGAUGAAUAAAUUAUAGAUAGAAGAGGAACUCUGAUAUCGUUAUUUCGACUGGCAUACUGUACAGUCUUUUCUAGUAUUAUGUAUAUCUUGUAUUAUUGUUUGUAAAAAUGAGUAAAUAUUAUGAUAUAAAUGAUUCAUAAUAUCGUGUAUAUUCUUAUACAUUUUAUCAUUAACACUGUACAUUCCACGAAUAAAUUUGACGACGAACCGCAAAAAA